AUGGACUCACAGCCAAAGGCUCUGCCAAAGCAAAAGAGCUUCCUCCCUCUCAUCAACAAGGUCGAUAACGUCCCUCUCAACUUCAACUUCGACUCUCUGUACAAACUACUGCUCCCGAAAGAUCCCCGCCCGCAUGGCUUCAUGCUCCCGAGUACUGUCGAGCGUCUGCCUUGGACCUCAGACUUCGACAUCGACCACGUUGAGCGCAAGGUGCGCCUCCUCGACACCACGGCCAAGGACAGCAAGGACCCGGGCAAGGCAGCUACCGCUGCGAUACAACGCGUAGUAGACGCCGCCAUCGACCUCUCAGACAAAUUUCCGACGCUGAGCGGCAAACACAGCGAGCCCUUCCGGGUUCUCGGCGCGAACCACUUCGUCUCUAUCGAACGCUUCACGGCUCCGCUGUUUGGUAUAUCCUCACGGGGCGCGCACAUGACCGCCUACGUCAACACUGCCGAGGGCAUGAAGAUCUGGGUCCCCCGGCGCAGCGCUCACUUGUUCACGUUCCCGGACCUGCUGGACACGACAGUCGCGGGAGGAGUCAAGGCCGAGGACUCGCCGUUCGAUUGCAUCGUCGCCGAGGCCACCGAGGAGGCCUCACUUCCCGUCGAAUUCGUCAACAAGAAUGCGCGCGCAGUCGGGGCCGUGACGUAUGUCAGCAUGAACGAGACAAAGGGCACCUUCUUCCCGACGGUGCUGUACUGUUAUGACCUCGAGCUGCCCGAAACGAUAGAGCCCGAGCCGGGAGACGACGAGGUGUCCGGCUUCAAGCUCAUGACAAUUGCGCAGAUCAACAAGGCAAUGCUGGAAGGACAGUUCAAGCCCAACUGUGUGCUGGUUAUGCUCGACUUUUUCAUCCGACACAACAUCAUCACGUCGGAGAAUGAAGAAGAUUAUGUGGAAAUUGUGUCGAGGUUAAGAAGGCAUCUGCCAAUCCCUACAUCUCCAGAGCGAAACACAGCCUAG